CAAAAACUGGAUUCGUCGGUUUUACUUCCUUGGUUGUUGGUGGCCAUGAGGAAGAACUGAGAGGAGCAUGAACUGUGGUCAUAAGAAUGUAGUGUGUCUGCAACAACGGAUUCUAGAAAGAGAAAGAGACAGAAACAAACUGUACGAUGUGAGGUAAAGCGACCUGGUUCAAAUCUCAACAGAAGAGACAGCGACCGUAUCGUAGGACAAGAGAGAUUAUUUACAGGGUACAAUGACAACACCUGCAGACGAAAUCCCAGCUGUUGUCAUUGAUAACGGAAGUGGGAUGUGUAAAGCGGGAUUCGCCGGAAACGAUGCCCCACGCGCUGUGUUUCCACCGAGAGUGGGACGGCCGAAAUGUGCACCUGAAAUGGUUGGUAUGAAAUAUAAAGAUUGCUAUGUGGGAGAUGAGGCUCAGGUUAAACGUGGAAUUCUGACCAAGGAGUUUCCGUUAAUGAAACGUGGAAUUAUCACCAACUGGGACGAUAUGGAAAAGAUCUGGCAUCACAUCUUCUUCAACGAGCUCCGUAUGGCUCCCGAGGAGCAUCCAGUCAUAUUGACAGAGGUACCACUUAAUCCAAAGGCAAACAGAGAAAAAAUGAUACAGGUACCAAAAGCUCUGUUGUAAUCAAAUGCGUGAAUAAUAACAAAAUAAAAUAACGGUAUGGAAAAACUUUACACGAUUAAUGUAUAUAUAGUUUUGUGAGAGAGAGAGAGAGAGA